CCAGCCAUGUAAAUAGCACCAUUGUAGCCCGCCAAUACACCAAUUUUGUCCCUUCCGUGCUAAGUUGGGCUAGUCAAGAGGCCGCAAGCCCCAUCUGACUGGGCGACUCACAUAAUUGAGGACCUUCCGAUAAGCCUGCGAUACCAAUGCAUGUUCAUCCUUGAUCCUCGCAUACUUUUUCAGUGGCCGAUUUAGUUCUUCCAUACCCUGUCAUUUAUUCACGAACCCCCUAUCGCUUGACUCACUGGGCCUUUACCUCAUCAACGGAGUCGGUCUUAUCGGAUUACGCACUUCACGACAGCAAUUACAUACUCUAGCCCCCCUUAAGGCCCUUAAGGGCAUCAGAAGAUUUCUCGUGUCCCAUUCACACCAUCGGCUCGCUCCUAGAUCGGAACUUGCCCCCCUCCAUCUGGCGUCACGGCCGGACUUCCAAGAUACAUUCUCCAUAAAGUCCCUAGCAUUUAUCCUAGCGUGCAUGAUCGUAAAUCGAAGAGUGGUGCGCUCACGAUCCCUCCCCCACCGGCCUCUCCACCAAUGGCUACGAUACAAGAUGAUGAUGAGCUCUUGCUCGCCCGGAUUGGCUACAAACAGGAGCUUCGACGAGAAUUUUCCAAAUGGUCUACCGUGUCCUACGCCAUUAGUAUUUUAGGGGUUCUAGGAAGUGUGCCCGCAACCUUGGGUCAACCUCUUAUAGUCGGCGGCCCCGCCACGGCCGUAUGGUGUUGGCUAAUCGGCUCUUGUAUGGCUCUGGCCAUCGGCAGUUCCGUGGCCGAAUUGGUGUCCGCGUACCCAACCGCAGGUGGUAUGUACUAUGUGACAAAGCAUGUGGUACCCCCGGACCAAGUACCCCUCUUUGCUUGGACUCAAGGAUGGUGCAACCUGCUGGGACAGACCGCUGGUGUGUCGUCGGUCGCGUAUACCGUCUCUCAGAUGUUACUUGCGUGCGUCAGCAUGAAUUCGGAUCUUAUCAAUGGCAAAUAUUCAUACUCACCAACCGCUCUGCAGACAGUGCUAGUGUCUAUUGGGAUAUUGCUCGUCCUAGGCAUCAUCUGUUCGUUGACCACCAAAACCUUACAUCGCAUCAUACUUUGGUUUGCUCCUAUCAAUAUUACUGCUACGAUCUGCAUUUGUGUUGCACUUUUAUAUCUUACCCCAGAUAAGCAGCCGGCUUCCUGGGUGUUUACUCAUUUCACCGACGGGUCCGGAUGGGGAUCAAAGGUGUUUUCAUUCUUCUUGGGAUUCUUGUCUGUUGCAUGGACAAUGACCGAUUACGAUGGGACGACUCACAUGUCCGAAGAAACGCACGAUGCUGCCGUUCGUGGACCAAUCGCUAUCAAAACCGCCGUGCUAGUAUCCGGAGCUUUUGGAUGGCUUCUUACUGUCAGCAUGUGCUUUUGCUUGACUGAUUUCGAGGGAAUCUUAAGCUCUCCGACAGGUCUACCUGCUGCUCAAAUAUUCUUGAAUGCGGGUGGAAGGACUGGCGGCACAGUGAUGUGGGCAUUCGCCAUCCUUGUCCAAUUCUUCACUGGCUGCUCAGCUAUGCUAGCAGAUACACGAAUGGCGUACGCCUUUGCUCGAGAUAACGCGCUUCCCUUCUCUCCCUUUCUAUCCAAGGUGAAUCAAUAUACCCACACACCCGUCAAUGCGGUCUGGUUCGUGGUUCUCUUCAGUAUUUCCCUGAACGUGAUUGCCAUCGGGUCAACCGAGACUGCCCUCGCGAUCUUCAGCGUCACUGCUCCCGCACUGGAUAUAUCAUACGUGUCCGUCAUCUUGGCCCAUCAGAUUUACAAGGACAAGGUCAAGUUUAUCGAAGGGCCAUUCACCCUCGGAAGGUGGGGUACUCUUAUCAACUACAUUGCAGUAGUUUGGGUGUCAUUCAUUAGUACCAUCCUGUUCUUCCCCUCGCAGCUACCUAUCACCCUUGCCAACAUGAACUAUGCGAUCUGCGUGGCAGCUUUCAUUGCGAUAUUCGCCCUGGUUUGGUGGUGGGUUGCUGCCAGAGGCAUAUAUACUGGCCCUCAGACGAACGACAUAAUAAACGAAAUCCCGAGCGAAGCCAGUGAUGAUGACUGUGAAGAGCCUGAUGACUUUUCCGUAUGAGAUAUCAGAUAUCAUGUGACAGGGCUUUGUGAUGAUCUGCAUUUGAUUGAUUUCUGGAAAUAGAAUAGAUAGAUACGGGCUUAGAGAAGGAGGAUUGGAGUUCAAAGUAUUUUUUUUUGGAUUUAAAAUCUCCAUGAGAAUUGCUGUGAUAAUUUCUUGCUUUUUGCGACAAUCCAAAACUUCGAAGCAAGAGACUUGAACAAAUCCAGCGUCAUCG